UUUAUAAGGCAGCCCUCGGAGUUGGGAGGCUGCAGUCUACCUGGGACACUCAAAGAGGCACACGAGGCGGAAGAGUGGACGGGUGCCCCGAGCCACCGCCUCUCCCGAGGGCGCGCACUGACCAGGAUGUCAGACAAGCUCAAGGAACGCAAAGUGAGUCGGCUGAGCCCAAGUGGCACUUGCGCCCUGGUGGUGGAGGCGUCUGACUCACCGACCCUCUACUUGGCUGGACCGAUAGCAGGGACGUGGCCACACGAGACUUUGCGUCUGGAGGACUCUCGAGUGAGAACCCCCGUGUCGCAUAAAGUGAUAGAAAAGCGGAGGAGGGACAGGAUCAACCGCUGCUUGAACGAGCUGGGCAAGACGGUGCCCAUGGCCCUGGCGAAGCAAGGCGAGCCUCAGGCGGCUCUGGCGCAGAUCCGCAGCCGCGCCCACUCGCUGGUCCUCUCCAGAUCUACAGUGCCCACCAAGCAGGCACUGGGCCGCUGAGAGGGGCCCUUCCUCCUUUUGCAGAGUUCUGGGAAGCUGGAGAAGGCGGAGAUCCUCGAGAUGACCGUUCAGUAUCUGAGAGCACUGCACUCUGCUGAUUUUCCCCGGGGAAGGGAAAAAGAACUUCUAGCGGAGUUUGCCAACUACUUCCACUAUGGCUACCACGAGUGCAUGAAGAACCUGGUGCAUUACCUCACCACGGUGGAGCGGAUGGAGACCAAGGACACCAAGUACGCGCGCAUCCUCGCCUUCUUGCAGUCCAAGGCCCGCCUGGGCGCGGAGCCUGCCUUUCCGCCGCUGGGUUCACUCCCAGAGCCGGAUUUCUCCUAUCAGCUGCACCCUGCGGGGCCCGAGUUCGCGGGCCACAGCCCCGGGGAGGCUGCUGUGUUCCCGCAGGGCUCUGGUCCCGGGCCGUUCCCCUGGCCACCAGGCGCAGCCCGCAGUCCCGGGCUCCCCUACCUGCCCAGCGCGGCGGUGCCGCUCUCCAGCCCAGCGCCUCAGCACAGCCCGUUCCUGACGCCGGUGCAGUGUCUGGACCGGCAUUACCUCAACCGGAUCGGCCACGCGCACCCCAAUGCCCUUAACCUGCACACGCCCCAGCACCCCCCGGUGCUCUGACGCCCACUCGCCCGCCGGAUUUCUCUGCGCUUUGGGUGCCGCUUAGGAGAAAUGCCGUAUAUAUUGUACAAAUAUUGUUUAAAUAUUGUGCCCCCAAAAAACUGGGUGGGGGGAGGCAAAGAGCGAAUGAGUCUUCUGAAGGAUCUCCUCCGGUAAUAAACGUUUUCUGAUAAAGACCCAAAGAGAGGGAUUUAUUUAUGACCUUCUGCUCAUCCGCAACCCAUCCCCUCCGCGGUGCCAAGGGCGCAUCGCUGACAGGGAUCAGGGUAACAGCCCUCAGUAAUUUGGUGAGGGGCCCGCUGCGGAGUCUGAGGGAGGGGGACCUUCAGUGGAGGUUCAGGCAGAUAUACCAGGCAUCGCUUAAAGGCGGGAUUCGUGGCUCCCUGGGCCUGCCCCGUGCGCAUCUUGAGCAUUAGCAUCGGAGAAAGGGGAAGCGAAGAGCGCUGCCCUUGGCUCUCAGGAAAAUGCAGUUUGAAAGACCUGCCCCAAAGUGGCUUAGGCGGAUUGUUGCAGCUGCGACCUGCGCGCACUUCCUGCCCAGAGGCACUUCCUACCCCACGC